UGCUACAUUAUCAAAAAAUAUCAACAACUUGAACAGCUUUUGAAACUUUUUCAAGCUUUUGCAACAUUUUCCCUGAUUAUUGCCUAAGUUCAUGAUGCGGUAUUCAAUUUGAAUCUAUUGUUGAAUUUAAUAAAGAACCGAAGCUCAUGGAGACCAUGGAGAAAAUAGAUGUAAAGCAGUAUUUUUGUAAAAUUCUGCGAGAAAAAAAAGAUUUAUCUGCCGGUAUAGCUGCCAUCGAGACCUUACUUUAUGUUCUGGAAAAUGAUAAAUCUGCCACCAUUCAAGAACUCGAUUCGAAUUUCAAAAGUACUAUCGAAACUAUGAAGAAAACCGAUGUCCCUGUUACUGCAGUAGCUUCCGGAUGCGAAUUAUUUCUUCGGUUUAUUACUUUCGUUAAACUCGAUUACAAAACUUUUGAAGAAUGCAAAAAAGUAAUGUUAGAGAGAGGAAAAGUGUUUAUGAAAAAAUUAUUAAAUGCCAAGGGUAAAAUUGCCAAAUUAGCGUCGUCAUUUAUUGCAGAUGGAUCGAAAAUACUGGUUCAUUCGAAGUCGAGAGUGGUUUUGAAAGCAAUGCAACACGCCGUCUCUUUACACAAACAUUUUCAAGUUUUUGUUACAAACUCAUCGUUGGAUAAUUCCGGGGAAGAGAUGGCACGUGAGCUUGAAAAAUGCGGAAUCCAUUGCACAGUGAUUCUAGAUUCAGCCGUAGGUUAUAUUAUGGAACAAGUUGAUAUGGUUAUGGUUGGCGCUGAAGGAGUUGUCGAAAGUGGUGGUAUAAUUAACAAGAUUGGUAGUUUCACGAUGGCAAUUUGUGCGAAAGAGAUGAUGAAGCCUUUUUAUGUGUUAACCGAAAGUUUUAAAUUCACUCGACAAUAUCCUUUAAAUCAGCGUGAUUUACCGGAUGAAUUCAAAUACACGUCUACUCAUCUGAAGACAGAUUUAUCAAAGGAACACCCUCUUGUCGAUUACACACCACCUUCGUAUAUUACUUUAUUAUUUACUGAUCUAGGAAUUCUAACGCCUUCUGCUGUUAGUGACGAGCUAAUAAAAUUAUACUUAUAAUAAAACUGUGAUAUCAAGACGUUCAUCUUGUAUUUUUAUGAAUAAGUAAUUCACUAACUUAACUAGAAAUUUUGAAAUUGCAUUAUUGUUUUUGUCAAAAAAAUUCGAUGAUUUUAUGAGAGAAAAGUCUUCCUUCAUCAAGAAUAAAAUCAGAGGAAAAUGAAAUAGCAAUUUCGAAAUUUCGAUCGGAAUAAUUAAUGAUUGAUUGUAGAAUGUAUUGUGAUCUUGAAGUUCAAGAAUUGGGAAUUACAACGGAUAAUAAAGCAUGUCAUUUAUAA